AGCACCACGAGCAGAGACGGCGGCCUCUUUGAAAUAAAAUCGCUCACUGGGCCACUGAAACUUAUCUUCGGGGUAAUUAUAAUACCAGAAAGCGUUUUAUAUCGUUUUUACCUAAAUUUCAACCCGUAUGAAGCAUAGAAUUUGUAAAAAGAAGCAUUGAGUGGUAAAAAAGAAGGAGAAGAUAUACUGUUGAGGUCCGAAAGACGCCAAGUCUUGUUGGCUUCAGCCGAGUCAUGAGUGACUAUGAGGAUGCAGACUUCUUCAAAGAACUUUGUCCUUCACCAUUGGAAAGUAAACCAAAGAAAGACUACAAGAAGAACAAAAAAACUGCAAAACAUAAAAAGCGCAGUCCCACAAAGACAAAGGAGAGUGUCCAGAAGAAAAAGAAAAAAUCCAAAUUCAAAGAAGCCAUGAUGGCACAGAAGGAAAAGAAAAAAGAAAAGAGGAAGGAAAAAAAGAAAAACAAAUUAGCGUGUAAUCUUGAUGAUGAUAAACUCUUUGAGGGUGGUAAAAAGCUUUCCAUUUGCCAAAACGAGAUGCUAAGUUCUUUAUCUGAAAAAUCUGUGAAAGAAACUAAGAAAAAAAAGAUGGUGGCGUUUGGUUCCUUACCCUCCUACAUACGUGUCAAGCGUCCAAUCUUCACCUCUUCAUCACCAAAAGAAACGGAAGCCGCUAGAAAAGGCGAGAGCUGCGACCAGGUGAUGGGAAAGACCCAGAUUAAACCACAUGACAAUGACUUUCAGUACGACAGUGAUAAUAUAAACAGCCAGGACCUGUUCAUCACCCAGAAGAUGUUCAGAGCAAGAAGCCCGGAAACUUCCAGCAGCGAAUUCAGUGACGGAAUUGUUUCUGCAUCCCCUCGUGUGUUCACGCAGCAAGACAAGAACCGGCGCACUCCUGUGGGAAAGAGAAAACAAUGUAAUGAAACAUCAGAUAAAGGACAAGACAGAGCAGUGCAUCUGUGUUGGCGGGAAACAAAAACAGACCAGGAGGAAGAAAUUGAUCAGCUUCAUAAACACUCGAGCCAAGCUGGAGACAAAGCAGCGCCUGAACAUGAGAAGCACAAUCCUUUCUUGGAUGAUCCGAUGAUCAUAAACCCAACCCCGGACUCUGUGUUGAUCAAACAAUGCUGCUCAUACCGUCCGUACAUUGGUGUGCCGCCCCCGUGUCCUGCUUUCGCAAGCACAUCAACUCAGACAGAAAACUUCUUCACCGCCGAGCUCUCCUCCUACCUCAGCUUCUCCCAGAAAAACAGAGCCACUUUGGAAUCUCAGAACAUGAAACCUUUGGAUCUUAGCUUGCCACAGAGAGCGAGGGGAGAGCAAGGGAAGACACUUGAAGUCUACAGAAAACACAAAGCAGAGAAAAGUCUUGAGCAGAAUGCAGCAGGGGGUAAGAAGGAACCCUCAAUCGAAGAGACUCCAAGCCCUCAGUCAGAGGCUGAAACCAAGUCGGCCAACACCACUACCUCCAGUGAGGACGACCACCACGCUGGGAAGAAAGAUGUGAGCCAGGUCGGAGUGGUUCAGCUGAGACUCAACAAACCCUUCUUCUUCAAGACGAAGGGAGAGGGGCAGUCACCUCGUCCAUACUCGCCGUUGAUGAAACUCGCUCAGGGAAGAGAUGUUGAAUCCAAGAAGUGCCGUUCAGGAAGAAAAUGAAUAAGUUUGAACUCAUCUCAAUUUUGUAGCUAGAGGGCUUAGACCAUCUGGAUUUCCCUCAGCAUGCUUGUGACAUGAGCUUAAGAGCCAUUGUUGUAAUAUCAAUUUAGCAUGUACUAUUGUUUUAACUUGCACUAAGCGGUUAAAAAUCAGUUGCCUUUUGCAGUUCCAACCGUAAACUUUGUAUGAAUUUCUAGUUGAUUCUGUCAAUGUUACAUUUUCAAGUUAUUUUGUUACAAGCUUUGAAGUUAGAAAAAUUCUCUAAAACCAACAUUUAUAUUUGACAAAACUUACAUUAAACUGUAGUUUGUGGAUUUGUUAUGUAAGAAAAUUGCCUUUUAUCUAUUAAAGUUAAUUUAUUGAAAAGAUAGGGCAGUUCACUUCCUUUCACUAUAAAAACAGGCCACAAAUUUCUCAAAAGGAUUCAGCACUGAGAUUUAUUUGUUUAAUCUAUAGAAACAGAAGUUUUAGGUUGUAUACACAGGCGUUUGACAUUUACAGAGACUAGUGUAGGGGUACAUAUUUCUACCUGCAGUUAAAAAAAUACAGCAGAAUACCUCCAUCUUGGCAGAUUUCUAACAGCUCUGCAUUGUUGUUUGAAAAAUAUGUAUCAAGGAUGAACUCAAGGAGCUGAAAAUUUCCAAGUUACGUCAGAAAAUAUUUACAUUUUUCUGGAUGAGAACAUUUAAGGAGAAUAGUCUAGUUGUGCCUGAAGAGCUUGAUCCCCAUCCAGCUCCAAAGGUGGAA